AUGCCCUUCAACUUGGUUUUCUUCGUGCCCAUUUACAAAUGGUUUAAUGAGGAGGAGAUGUGGAGAACCUGGGGGGACCCUUUGCUUCUCCCGGACUGGGAGGCUUUGCCUCUGGGACCCGCUUCCUGCUCCACUUUCCUGUCCACGCCGCCCGAAGCCUGCGCCGCGAUCCUCGUGGCUGGGGCCGCGUUGGGCGCAGCCGGCGUGGACCACGUGAUUCUGGCCGUGAGCUACAUGUCGCAGGUGCUGGAGAAGGAAAUGAAGGCGCAGGAGCAGAGGCUGGGAAUCAGAAUCUCCAUGUCGCAUGAGGAGGAGCCUUUGGGGACAGCUGGGCCCCUGGCCCUGGCCCGGGACCUGCUCUCUGAGACGGCAGACCCUUUCUUCGUCCUCAACAGUGACGUGAUCUGCGACUUCCCGUUCCAAGCCAUGGUGCAGUUCCACCGGCACCACGGCCAGGAGGGCUCCAUUUUGGUGACCAGAGUGGAGGAGCCCUCCAAGUACGGCGUGGUGGUGUGCGAGGCCGACACCGGCCGCAUCCACCGGUUCGUGGAGAAGCCCCAGGUGUUCGUGUCCAACAAGAUCAACGCGGGCAUGUACAUCCUGAGCCCGGCCGUGCUGCGGCGCAUCCAGCUGCGGCCUACGUCCAUUGAGAAGGAGGUCUUCCCUGUCAUGGCCAAGGAGGGGCAGCUGUAUGCCAUGGAGCUGCAGGGCUUCUGGAUGGACAUCGGGCAGCCCAAGGAUUUCCUCACCGGCAUGUGCCUCUUCCUGCAGUCACUGCGGCAGAAGCAGCCUGAGCAGCUGUGCUCGGGCCCUGGCAUCGUGGGCAACGUGCUGGUGGAUCCAAGCGCCCGCAUUGGCCAGAACUGCAGCAUUGGCCCCAACGUGAGCCUGGGUCCCGGCGUGGUGGUGGAGGACGGCGUGUGCAUCCGGCGGUGCACGGUGCUGCGCGACGCCCACAUCCGCUCCCACUCCUGGCUGGAGUCGUGCAUCGUGGGCUGGCGCUGCCGCGUGGGCCAGUGGGUGCGGAUGGAGAACGUGACGGUGCUGGGUGAGGACGUCAUAGUUAACGACGAGCUCUACCUCAACGGGGCCAGCGUGCUGCCCCACAAGUCCAUUGGCGACUCGGUGCCGGAGCCGCGAAUCAUCAUGUGAGGGGCUGCCAUAGCCCCGUUAUUGGCAAGGGGGCACUGGCUUGACGUGUCAUAGGCCCUGGACUCGCUACCAUGUCUGGGGAGGCCUGGACAAGGCGGAAGCAGUCGGACACCUACCUUCUGUGCACACAAUCUGGCAGGGUCCUUGCUGGGCACACCCCACCCCGCCCACUCCCUCAAGAAGGGCCGGGUCAGGGCUGUUUGAAUAAUAAUUUAAUGCUCACAGUG